UAACCAUUGGAGUUUGGUCAUCCUGGACAACGACCGCUCGCCCACACUGCCACGCAGCCCCACCCGAAUCCUACAUGCCGACUCCCUGUCCCGGCACACAAAAUUCGAAGCACCAUUGCGGCAGUACCUGCGGCAGCAGCUCCGAGAGUCGAUGCCAAGCGUGGUGUCUGAGGCAGAUGCAGACGACUGGAUUGCUCGCGUGCCUUUAGUCAAAAUUCAG